AUGGUGGGAACUCCCAGCAUCGUUACUUCCACAGUGGUUGAGUCCGGUAUAACUCGUACAGUGAACAUCAUUGGGGAUGGAGCCUCGGCUCCGAUCACCCUUCCCCCAGUUACCACAACUCUUUCUGGGACCGAAGCCUCAUCGAGUGCGUCCUCGGUUUCUUCGGAAGUUUUGGCUCUCAUACCCAUUCUCAGCUCUUGGAAAUCGAGCCCAACCUCGCUCAAAACUGAUACACUUAACAAAGUGGAUGAUGUCAAAACCGAUAUUGAGACUGUGAUCUCAGAUCUUGGAGGAAGGUCAUCUACGUCUGGCUGUGGCUCCAAGAAAAAGAGGGGCAUCUUCGGUUUCAUCGAAGGAUUAGUUAACACAUUGACCUGCAUCGGUGAAGAUUUGGAAAAUGUUACCCAGGAUGUUGAGGGGAAUGAUGUCGAAGGAAUUGAAGGCAUCAUCUCUACUCUCACCUCAACCGCGGACGACCUCACUGACGAUGACGACGAUAAAUCUUCCUCGUCAAGUGAUACCAGCACUGACACCUCAAGCAGCUCGUCCAGCUCGUCGUCAAGCUCUUCGUCUGCAUGCUCAUCUACUACAGCCGAGAGAGUCACUGUUGGCCAGUGGUACAACUUCAAGUACCACAAGGAGUUCAUCAUCAAGCGCCACGACUGCCUCCUCAUCGACCACCAUGACGAGCUCAUCUUCAAGCAACAUGGUUGCAUCCUCAUCAAGCAUCAAUGCGCGCUCGUCUUCAAACAUCGUGGUCAGCUUUUCGUCUAG